GGCCAGACCAGAGGAAGGGACGGCAGGGAGGUGGCAAGGCGCAGACGCAGAGAACAGCCUUUGCUUGGCGGACGCAUCGAGGGAGGCGCGUGGGAGCCAUGCUUCUCCCCUCUUCGUCUUCCUCUCCCGCUUCCAAAGUCGCCAGUCGGCACAGCAUGUUCUGUGGAUCAGAACUGAUGUCAUUCGUCACUAAUCUCCCGGCUUUCAUCUUUAAUUAGGUUCCGUUUGCUCUUUUCCACUUACGUUUUUUCUCUUUCCAUAUGUGUACAUUUCUUUCAGCAGGUUUCCUUGUCAUAUAUGUACAUGUUCGUAGGCUAGUGAAGUUGUGAACUAUAGUAGUCUCUUGCAGCUCUGAUUUGCAAUUUGUUGCCUAAAAACCACAUGAGAUCAGGCCUGCCCAGGUGAAGCUGUCAAACUUAAAUUAGUAAUUCAGGUAUCAGAAUGUAUUCUAUUAUUCAGUUUGUGAGUGUGCACUAUAGGAAGAUCAACCUUCCAAGUAUUGUGUUUUUUUGUUAUGCUUUAGAAAAUUUUGGUGAUGGAUCAAAAAGUUUUUUUUUUGGUCAAAUGGAGUAUGUCAGUCCCAUAGGCCAUAGCCAAUAUAAGGGAAGCCUAACUUGCUCAUGUUUCUUGAGCGAAAACACACAAUAAACUUGGAUCUUAGGGCAUCGAAUAAACAUUAUGUCUAUGCAUGUUCCUUUUUCUGAGCAUAAGUUUAUUGUGUAAGUCGCAUAAUGUUAACAAUCAUACGUGGCUCCAUUUUUUUUAUAGAGGAUGUGAGUUGUGACUAAAAAUUAGCACAAAUAGUAAGAUACUUGUUCCCAGCCUAACCACACUUUCUGCUCUUGUUGAGUAGCUAAACAUUUUGCAGAAAUGUCUCUAGCUAUAACAUAUUUUGAAGUCUUUAACCAUCAACUUCUAUUGUGACAUGUUUUAAAAUUAUAAAAUAUAACAUUAUAAGUAUUUUACAAGGCAACUCAUCUACCCACCUGGCCACCGUUAAUAAUCAUAUAAAGACAUUGUGGGACGAAAAUAAAAGAGUUGAUAACACACUUUGCAGUACGAUGUAUACUUUUUUCCCACUAGGGAGUAACCAUUUUCUUCCUCUUGCUUUCUCGGGAAAAGCUUUCCAAAAUAGGCACAUGCUGUGAGUCGACAUAGUAACACCACACUAGGUAGAAAUAAAAUGUCAAUAACAAGAGACCAGUCUAGAUCUUUACUCUGUCAUUAUAAGAAACACCUAAGGAAGAAGUACUAUUUAUUCAGGGGAUGUUGUUACUUAUCUUCAGUUGAGGAUCCUUUGCACAUUCAAAAUUAUUUUAGUAAUUUAAUGCAGCAAAACCAUGCUUUCAUUUCUUGUAUCAGGUAACUCCUUCGGAAACACAGUUAAUGACCAUAUGAGAUCAACUUUGAGUUUUGAUAACAAGCAAUCUCCAUUUGCAAGUCAAAACAUUGACUACGGUCAAACAAUAGCUUGCAUUUCAUACCCGUACAAUCAUUCUGGCUCAGGAGGUGUUUGGGCAGCCUAUGAGUCAGGCACCACUGCUACCACUGUGCAGUUCCAUUCCCAAAUUUCUGGUGGAGGUGCAAGAAUUCCCUUACCUUUGGAAUUAGCAGAGAAUGAACCCAUAUACGUGAAUCCCAAACAAUAUCAUGGUAUACUUCGCAGAAGACAGUUACGUGCCAAGUUAGAGGCUCAGAACAAGCUAGUCAAAGCCCGAAAGCCUUACCUUCAUGAGUCAAGGCAUCUUCAUGCAAUGAAGAGGGCACGAGGUUCCGGUGGACGAUUCCUCAACACUAAGCAGUUCCAGCAGCAACAGCAGUCCCACACUGCCUCCACCAGGUCCACCACAAAUGGCACAAGCUCCUCAGGCUCAACUCAUCUACGGCUUGGUGGUGGCGCAGCUGGAGAUCGAUCUAUGUUGGCACCCAAAACAAUGGCCUCACAAGACAGUAGCAAGAAGGCUGUUUCUUCAGCUCUUGCCUUCACUGUGACUCCAAUGUUGCACAGAGAUGAUGCCUUCUUGCAGCACCCAAGCCAUUAUCUCAGUUUUUCUGGCCAUUUCGGGCAGGCAAGCGUGCAAGCUGGGAUGCAUAAUGGAAGUCAGCAUAGGGUUCCAUUUAUGAGAUGACAGUUUGCGAACCAUAGCUGGUGAUCCAUGCUUCUAUGGUCCUAGUGUCCGGUGUGGUCUCAGUCUCUCAGGCAAUUCAUCCUUGGCUUAGUUUAUGGCUUGUUAUUAGAAGGUACCAAAUGUUUUUUCAUACUGUUGUCGCCAUACAACCCAUAGACCUGGUUUUGUUGGUUGACACUCCUACCCAAAAUAUUGUUGCAGUGGUGUGUGUUAGAAUAAACCUUAGCUUUUGGGUUAUAGUAGUAGUACAUUAUGCUGUACAAUUUGCCUUUAUCGUGUACUGCCAAAUAUUGUGGAGUGGUCAGUUUGUCCAGUUUAUGGCCUCAACAAGUCUACCUGUUUGUCACAACAUCUGCGAUCUGCUUAGAAAAAUCACAGUGCAGCCUGUUAUUGCUGCGCUCUGAGGUGCAGUGGUCCGUCCUAG